UUUCCUUUCGGAAGCCUUCUCGAUCCCUCCUUCCUCCUAUAUAACUAUAAAUAAUCAUACCGUUCUCUGCUCUUUCUCUCUCUCUCUCUCUCUCUUCAAGCAACUUCUAGAGAGAGAAACACCAUUCUCGGCAAUCAUGUUGGUGUACCAGGAUCUUCUCACCGGUGACGAGCUUCUCUCCGAUUCAUUCCCAUACAAAGAGAUCGAGAAUGGGAUCUUGUGGGAAGUGGAGGGGAAGUGGGUGGUUAACGGAGCAAUAGAUGUAGAUAUUGGGGCUAAUCCCUCGGCAGAGGGUGGAGAAGAUGAAGGCGUUGAUGAUCAAGCUGUUAAGGUGGUUGAUAUUGUAGAUACUUUCAGGCUUCAGGAGCAACCCCCAUUUGACAAGAAGCAGUUUGUGGGAUAUGUGAAGAAGUACAUCAAGUCGUUGACACCUAAACUGGAACCGGAGAAGCAGGAGUUGUUUAAGAAGCACAUCGAAGGAGCGACCAAGUUUCUUCUCUCAAAGCUCAGUGACCUACAGUUCUUUGUGGGGGAGAGCAUGCACGACGAUAGCACCAUAGUCUUUGCAUAUUACAAAGAGGGCGCCACAGAUCCAACCUUUUUGUAUUUGGCUCAUGGAUUGAAGGAGGUGAAGUGCUAAAGGAAUGCAGUUGUUGUUCGAUUGAUCCAGUUAGCUCCAAAAGAAGGUGUUUGUUGUUGGGGGGAUCUGCUUGACUUUAGUUUUAUAGUGUUAUAAUUUUAGGGUUUUUGUCAUCACAACUGCUAAUGAGAGUUAAGUAGUAUUUUGAGCAGAGCAGCAUAUGUAUCUUGAGAGUGAUUAGUAGUUAUAAUCCGUGGGGGGACUCUCCUAAUAAACUAUACAUUUAGAGUGGUGUUUUUGAUAAAAAUCUAAUUAGUACGUAAUGAAAUGCGCUAUUAUUAUGACUUUUAA